AACUGGAGGUCGUGGAUUCAACGGUUGGACUGAAGAAGGAGCAGGGGGAAUAGGCUUGGUGAAAGGGGCGACUCAGUGGGUGGCAAUUCGGGGUUGUUUGGCGACUAGAAAAUAUUAUCUAGCCAUGGAUAGACUGAUGUGGUGGUAUAGAGAAUUCCCUAUGCAAGUGAUGAAGGAAGAGCAGGGAGUGUUGUUGAUUCGUCCCCCUCCUGAACCGCCACCUUGGAGUGAUCGAGAGGCCACAAUUUGGUGGAAGAUGAAGAUUUCAGAAAGAGUUUGGAGUAUUUAUCAGUUAUUUCAUUUGUUAUGGAUAUCUUUUUGUGUUUAGCUUAUUUACGUUGUUCUGCUUUUUAUUAUUUUCUUUAGUUUUAGGCCUAAAAUAAUGAGGGAUAAUGUUGUUAGAUAUUAUAUUGUUAUAAGGAUCGAUAUAGCCAGUGAGUACUGGAUACCCGUUUGGUGGUUAGCGAUUCGUAUCGCUCUUUCAAGGGUGGUCGUUUCUAUGUCUAGCCGUGGGGUUGAUAGUGAUAAUUGGGUACAGAUUGUGGUUGUCAGUAUGAAUGUCUUUGAAUUUGAUGUAACGAUCCGAACCCUAAUGAUAUUAAUAUAAGCAGUUUUCCUUUAAAA